AUGUCUUCUUCAGGGGUUAACCUACAAAGUUUUUUAAUUCCACUGAAGGAGAUCAAGUUGGCAACGGCAGAUUUCAGUCAUGAAACUCAGAUCGGAAAUGGUAGACUUAGUGUGAUCUACAAAGGUCAGCUCUCAAAACGUUGGGAAAACCGCAUUGUUGCAAUCAAACGAAUUAAAAAGGGUAGUAAACAAGGAGAGCAAGAGUUUCAUAACGAGCUCCAAAUGAUUUCUAUGUUUCACCAUCAAAGUAUCAUCCCUUUCGUUGGUUACUGUGAUGAAAGCAGUGAGAUCAUUAUUGUUUAUGAACAUGUUGUCAGUGGUAGCCUUGAUCAUUGUCUAAAAGACGAGAUUAAUAGGCGUUGCAUAACAUGGGCACAACGCCUGAAGAUUUGCAUAGGGGCAGCAAGAGGACUUGGGUAUCUUCACUCGGGUAUAGGUGAAGGCAUCCCAGUAAUUCACAGAGCUGUGAAGAGCUCAAAUAUAUUACUAGAUGACAAUUUGGAAGCAAAAAUUUGUGGUUUUGGUUUGUCACAAUUUAGCAACAUAAAACAGCGAAAUACUCGAAACAAUGCAAAGGCUUCGGGUACCAGGUUUUACAUGGAUCCCAUUAACCAUGGAAGUGGUGUAGUCAAGAUCGAAUCAGAUGUUUAUUCAUUUGGGGUCGUAUUGUUUGAAAUGUUGAGUGGGAUGUUGGCUGAUUCUACAAGGAGCAUCGAUGAUCAUAAGCCACAAACUCUGCUUAAUCUUGUUCGACGCUACUAUGAUGAUGGGGUGGAGAAGAUAACUGAUCCGUGUAUAAUAAAUCAGAUCAAUAGUCAAUCUUUUCAGAUGUUUAAAGAAGUAGCAUAUAAGUGUAUCAGUUUCAUAGUGGAGGAUCGCCCUACGAUGGAUGUGAUAAUCAAGAAACUUGAGGAAGCAUUAGAUGUUCAAGCUCUUGAGCAAAGUCGUUUAUGUUUAUUUUCACAGAACCAUGGAGCUACUUCAACCACUAUCGUUCAAAGCUACCCAUAUCAAAAUUUAGAACGUUUUCUAAUUCCACUAACGGCGAUCAACUUGGCCACUAAUGAACUAAGUAAAGAAACUCGAAUCGGAGAUGAUGGAAAUGGUUCGGUCUACAAAGGAAUACUCUCUGAACGAUGGAAAAAUCUCACAGCGGCCUUUAAACGCUUUAAUCCCAAUCGUUACCAAGCAGCACAUAAAUUUCAUAAUGAGAUUGGGAUGAUGUCCAACUUCGAUCAUGAAAACAUCAUCCCUUUCAUAGGCUAUUGUAAUGAAGGGAAUGAGAUGAUUAUAGUUUCUGAAUACGCUGAAAACAGUACCCUUGCUCAUCAUCUUUAUCUCUACCAAAGGAGUCGUUUCAUAACAUGGGAACAACGCCUUAAGAUUUGCAGAGGAGCAGCUAGAGGACUCAAGUAUCUUCAUUCAGGUCUUGGGGAAUACAACAGAGUGAUACAUAGAGACUUCAAUAGUGCACACAUAUUGUUAGAUAGCAAUAUGGAAGCAAAAAUUUGUGGUUUUGAAUGGUCAAUAUCAGUCGACCGAAAUCAACGACAAGUCACUGAACUUGCUGCGGUUAACACAAAUUCAGUUUACUUGGAUCCCAUUUACAGUGAAAGUGGCAUCGUUAAGACAGAAUUAGACGUUUACUCAUUUGGGAUUGUACUUUUUGAAGUGUUGUGUGGGAUGUUGGCUUAUAGUAAAAGGAGGAUUGGUGAUGAUCAACCACAAACACUCCUAAAUUUGGUCAGACGCUACUACAAUGAAGGACAGGAUAACUUAAUUGAUCCUCAAAUAAGAGGUGAAAUUAAUACUCAUUCUUUUCAUGUGAUUAAAGAAAUUGCAUAUCGAUGCAUUAGUUUGAACCUAAAGGACCGCCCCACAAUGAACACGAUCAUCAAGAGCAUUGAAGAAGCACUAGAUAUUCAAAACCACGGAGGAGUUUCUACAAUUACCCAACCCUACCAACAAUCUCAAAACCUAGAAAGAUAUCUAAUUCCACUGAAGGAGAUCACUUUAGCAACCGCAUGCUUCAGCUCUGAAACUCGGAUCGGAGAUGGUGGAUUUGGUGUCGUUUAUAGAGGACAACUCUCUGAGCAUUGGAAAAACUUCAUAGUUGCCAUCAAACGCCUUGAUCCUCAAGGUCAUCAAGGAAAGAAUGAGUUCCUUACCGAACUUAACUUGAUUUCCAAGUUCCAUCAUCAAAAUAUCAUCCCUUUCAUCGGUUAUUGUGAUGAAGCCAAUGAGAUGAUCAUAGUUUACGAGUAUGCUAACAAUCGAAGCCUUGAUUAUCAUCUCCAAGACCCAAAUAAAAGGCAUUGCCUAACAUGGGUACAACGCCUCAAGAUUUGCUUAGGGGCAGCAAGAGGGCUCAACUACCUUCACUCGGGGUUAGGUGAGGACAACAGAGUAAUACACAGAGAUAUCAAGAGCGGAAACAUAUUGUUAGAUGAAAAUAUGGAAGCCAAAAUUUGUGAUUUUGGUUUGUCGAAAGAAAGCACGAGAAAUCAACAACGUAGUCAUCUAUAUACAAAUGCUGCAGGCACCAACUUCUACAUGGAUCCCAUUUACCAUGAGAGUGGCAUCCUCCGUAAAGAGUCAGAUGUUUACUCAUUUGGCGUGGUGAUGUUUGAAUUGUUGAGUGGGAUGUUGGCUUUUUACAGAAAGAGCUUUGGGGAUGGUAAACCACAAUAUCUAAUAAGUUUGGUCAGACGCUACUAUAAGAAUGGGCUCGAAAAAUUAAUUGAUCCAUUUAUAAGAGAUGAAAUUGAUAGUCGUUGCUUUUAUACGUUUAAAAAACUUGCAUUUCAGUGCAUAAGUCACAAAUCGGAGGAACGCCCUACAAUGGAAACAAUCAUAGAAAGGAUUGAGGAUGCACUGGAUUUUCAAGAACUUAAGAGGUGUAAAAAGAGGAAAACUUGAGAACUUGCUAUUGUGGUUGCCUGGUUGGCAGGGUGUGUAUUUGUAUAUUAUCUAUAGUGGUUUGUUUAUUAUUGGUGAUGCAUUUACCCACUACAAAUAGGAUUUAAUUAUGUAAUUAAUUGUAACCCUUCCCCUAAACAUAAAGCUUAUAGUUUUUUUUUUUUUUUUUUGAACCGGCAAAUAGAGGGUAACCCGACCCGAUGGAUCAAGAAUGCCUGACGGGCCCCUAAACAUAAAGCUUAUAGUUAGUAUCAAUAUCCUUGUAGUUACCAAAUGACUUCUAGUCCAGCGGUAUCCGGUGUUGUCAUCCUUCCUUGAGGUUGAGGUUUCAAGUCUGAUAGUUAACAUAUAUGGAAUUAAUGAGUAGUUUAUGAAUAAAGUAGAUUUGACGUUAUAUUUGACCAAGAUUAUUUUCAAUUAAUUGUUCUUAAUUAUGCAUAUUGAUAUUUAUUAGACUAGCCGAUUAUAUUGUGAUAACUUGUAAUAUUUGUAUAUUAGAGGUGGUCAAGUGUUAAUAUUGUAAACUAUUUAUAUUCAUGUGAAUGAAAGGGAAAACAUUUUUGGUGGUAUCAUCUUCUCUCUCAACUCUAGCAGUCGACUUCUUCAACCCUAGUUGUAGAUCAUAAUCUUGUCCCUCUCAUUUCUUCUUCUUCAUCAGAUCUUGUCUAUUGCAAUGGCAACUCCUCUACAUCAUGCUGUUAUGGUAACCAAUAUCAGAAACUACAUUCCUGUUACUCUUGAAAUUGAAAACGAUAAAUAUACAUCUUAGGUUGAACUAUUCAAAAUCCAUUGUCAUGCUUUCCAAGUGCUCGAUCACAUUCUACCACCUGCUAUAGUCGAUCCCUCCUCUGCCAGCGACAAAGAUUCUACUACCAAGUCCAAGGAUUAGUGGCCACAUCUAGAUGCAACUGUUAUGCAAUGGA